AGUGUACGGGGGAGGCGUAGACAGAAGGCGGGAGAGACAGCAGCAGCAGUCACCGCACGGGGGAGGGCAGACACACAGGAAGCGCUGCAGGGGACAGGGACCUCCCGGGACCCACCGCAGGUGACAGCUGAGGCUGUGGUGUCGCCUGCACAGGCAGCAGGACACAUCGUCACCAGCGACCGAGGCGCCGUCCGCUGACCCCGCCUGAGGAGAAGGGCUGUCACCCUGGGAAUGCUGGGCUUAGCCUGGGAGAAAGGAGUUGCACAAUGCGUAGAGGAGGGUGGAGGAAUCAUACCGCAAGCGAAGAUGGCUGGGGUGCCUUCGGUUACAUGGCAGUUAAGGCACAGAAAUUAGAUGAGCAGUUCCGAUUGGAUGCCCCACUGCAGCAACAGAAAGAUGGAACAGCCACUGACAUCUUCAACGGGGUUUCAAUUUAUGUGAAUGGUUAUACAGAUCCCACUGCAGAUCAGCUGAGACAUCUUAUGAUGCUCCAUGGAGGCCAGUUCCAUGUUUAUUAUUCACGUUCUAAAACAACUCACAUUAUUGCAACCAAUCUUCCGAAUAGCAAAAUCAAAGAGCUAAAAGAUGAAAAAGUGGUCCGUCCUGAGUGGAUUACAGAAAGCAUCCAAGCUGGACGCCUUCUUUCAUAUGUUCCUUACCAGCUUUAUACAAAACAGUCUAGUGUUCAGAAGUGUUUGAACUUCACCUCCAAAUGCAAACCAGAAGAUCCAUUCACAAAAGACAUCAACAACAAACUAAGCCAUUCCACGGCAUGCACCAUUCAGGCAAAUGGAACGAAUGGUUGGGAAGAAGACUUAGAAAAAUCUGAGGAGGAAAAAGAUUUUGAGAUAGAUGGUGUAGAAAAUUUUUCUGAUCAUAAUAGGGAACAGAACUGCAAAGACAGUAGUGUUGUCAUCAAUGGACACAACUGUAGCCCUAAUGGUGCCUUAAAGCCGCUGGAUAUCUCAGUGCAUUCAAGUAACUCUUUUACAAGUAGACUUCAUUCAUUGAAUCAGCAGGAAAAGACUAAUGUAGAUUCUACAGACUGCACUUUAGAGCAAUUACAGCCAAAUAAUGGACACCUAGAUGUUUCAUUGGAUCCUCACAGAACCGAAUCAAGCUCAGCCUCAUCCUCAUAUUUGCACAAUAAAACUAAACUCAAUGGUGCUCACCACUCGCUCCAGGGGCCUUCAAGCACAAAAAGCACUACCAUACAUUUGCCUACCAAGGCAGCCUCUCCACAACUGCCUAAAACAGCAGACUCCAAUUUUAUUUCAGACUUCUAUUCUCACUCCAGACUGCAUCACAUAUCAACAUGGAAGUGUGAGUUCACAGAGUUUGUACGUGAGCUACAAAGUCAACAUAAUGGCAGCUUUCCAGGUCGGGAGAGGUUAAAAAAAAUCAAGUCAGGAACCAUGCCUGCUUCAACCCAUUCCAAGUGCCAGAACUGUAUAAUACAUGUGGAUAUGGAUUGCUUCUUUGUAUCUGUUGGUGUGCGUAACCGACCGGAUCUAAAAGGAAAACCAGUGGCUGUUACAAGCAAUAGAGGGAGUGGGAAAAUUAAUUCCCGUGAAGGAACCAACCCACAACUAGAGAUGCAGUACUAUCAGAAUAAGCUAAUGAGAGACAAAACUGACAAGCUAGAGUCAGCAGACUGCUUAAGUUCUGCUCAAAUAAAUGGACACAACACGGAUUUCUCUGUAUGGGACCAUCCAGAUCUUGCCAAGAAAAAUGGGUUAGAUAUAGAUAACUUACAGCUGUCAUUUGCCGAAAUUGCAUCUUGUAGUUAUGAGGCAAGGCAGGCUGGUGUGAGGAAUGGAAUGAUGUUUGGUAAAGCAAAGCAACUGUGCCCUGAUCUUCAAGUUGUCCCUUAUGAUUUUGAGGCAUAUAAGGAAGUUGCUUUGACUUUGUAUAAAACAUUGGCAAGUUACACUCAUGACAUUGAAGCUGUAAGCUGUGAUGAAGCCUUGGUAGAUAUUACAGAAGUCCUUGCAGAGACCAAACUCUCUCCAGAUGAAGUUGCCAGUGCUAUUCGAGCUGAAAUUAAGGAGAAGACUUUGUGCGCUGCAUCUAUUGGAAUGGGCUCCAAUAUUCUUUUGGCUAGAAUGGCAACCAGAAAAGCAAAACCAGAUGGGCAGUAUCAUUUAAAGCUGGAAGAAGUUGACGAUUUUAUAAGUGGUCAGCUAGUUACUACCUUACCAGGAGUUGGCAGGUCUAUGGAAUACAAAUUGUCAUCUUUAAAUGUAAAAACAUGUGGAGAUCUUCAAAAUCUUACAAUGUCAAAACUCCAGAAAGAGUUUGGGCCAAAAACAGGCCAGAUGUUGUACAGAUUCUGUCGGGGCUUAGAUGACCGGCCCAUUAGAAAAGAGAAGGAGAGAAAAUCUGUGUCUGCUGAAAUAAACUAUGGAAUCCGCUUUACAAAGACCAGUGAAGCCGAAGCCUUUUUGAUCAACCUUUCAGAAGAAAUCCAGAGAAGGCUUGAAUCAGUUAAAAUGAAAGGCAAGAAACUCACACUGAAGAUUAUGGUGCGUAAAGCCGGGGCCCCUGUAGAAUCUGCAAAAUUUGGUGGUCAUGGAAUAUGUGACCACAUUGCAAGGUCAGUGACUCUGGACAAUGCCACAGAUAGUGCCAAAGUGAUUGGCAGAGAAACUCUGAAAUUGUUUCAGUCAAUGAAGCUGAAUGUUGCAGAUAUGAGAGGGGUUGGACUUCAGAUGCACCAGUUGCUUCACACGCAUGUACUCAAUGGUGGUUCCUUGGCAUCAAGAACUGGUCUGUUGCCUGGAGGGUCCCGUUCAUUAGUUGAAAUGUUUCAAGAUAAAAGGAAGACUAAGCCAGCCAUGGAAGAAGAUGACAGGAGAGUCAUUGUUGCUGCUUUCGAUAUUGAAAUUUCAUCAGCCUCAGACACAUUUGCUUCAGUCUCAUCUGGCCACAAGACUUUCGCUUCUAGUCAGGAACCAAGCACUAGCAAAGCGGAGCCUCCCGUAAGGAAAAAUGGUUUUCAUUCUCCAGUCAGCAUGAAAUCGAGAGUUAACUUUACGAUUGAAGUUCCAUCCCCUUCCCAAGUCGACCCCUCUGUCUUAGAAGCACUACCCCCUGAUAUAAGGGAACAAGUGGAGCAGACGUUUGCCCUCCAGCAGAAAUUGCCCAUUAGUGAAGGUAAAAAAGAAAAUGGUUGUAGUACCAUUGCAUUGCAAGAACAGCCAGUGGCAACAGUCCUUCUACAGAUACCACCACUUACUGAUCAAGCAGAGGAGUCUGGAAUAAAUGUCAUUGCCCUUCCAGCUUUUUCCCAGGUGGAUCCAGAAGUAUUUGCAGCCCUGCCCGCUGAUCUGCAGGAGGAGUUAAGAGCUGCUUACGGUCAAAGAAACAAACAUCCUGAAGCAACAAUUGUUUCCAAAAAUCCUUUGCAGCAGCUCAAAAAGCCUACACUGAAGGCAAAGAAAAGGAGCAGAAAGAAAAAUCAAGUCAGCCCUACAAAAAAGAUGCAUAGUCCUUUGAAAAACAAACUUUUUAGUAGCCCUGCUAAAAACUCUACAGCAAAUGUUAGUCCUCAAAAACUAAAAGAUGCCCUCCUCAAACAAGAAGCCAUAGCUCCAGGGCAGUCUCAGGUUGAAAUAGGUCCCUCAACAUCAGAUGUCCAAGGAUCCAUGACGGAAGGAUGCAGUUCUUACAGAUCAAAAGCUCCUAAUCUGGCAGGUGCCAUUGAAUUUAAUGAUGUGAAAACAUUGCUGAGAGAGUGGAUUACUACAAUUUCUGAUCCUAUGGAAGAAGAUAUAUUGCAAGUAGUGAAGUAUUGUACCGAUUUAAUUGAAGAAAAAGAUUUGGAGAAAUUAGAUCUGGUUAUCAAAUACAUGAAAAGGUUAAUGCAACAGUCUGUAGAAUCCGUGUGGAACAUGGCAUUUGACUUUAUUUUGGACAAUGUUCAGGUUGUUUUACAGCAGACUUAUGGAAGCACACUGAAAGUAGUGUAAAAGGCAGAGACUCACCACAUCUCCAGCUAGCUGGGCCAUAAGUGCUUGUGGAGUAUUUGCAUGAUUUUAAAGCUUAAAAAUCAUUUUAAAUUUCUUUUAAUAAAUAAUUUUGUACAUUUUCUUCAUAAAGUGCCAAAUUUGUCAGUAUUGCAUGUAAAUAUUUGUGUCUCAGAUUCUUUUAUUGUAGUAUAGGCUAUUUACAAAUUGUUUGUUUAUAAGAGUUUUAUGGAUUUUUACAGUGAAGUGUUCACAAGUGUUUAAUAAAGAAAAGUUC